AUGGGUGGCUUUUUGAUAAAGGCUGGAACUAUCCCCUCUACUCUAGUGGAUUUCUAACUUGCGAUUCAAUAUCAAGGACCACUUUUUUGCAUACUUUCAAGAAUGUUUUCAAUAUUAUGCGGCAUUAUUUCAAAGAAAAUUCUACUUAUGAAAGGAUUUAGAGAAAGACUGAAAGAAAAGAGAAGAAUAAAAGUAGCCACAUGCAUUUAGCCUAAAGAUCUAGAUGAUAAUGGGUAGCUUAAACAAAGAUUCGUAAGGAAAUCAUCAGUAAUUUAUAAAAGAGCCUCAUUUUAUAAGGCACUAAAUGAUAAAAUAAUCGUAGAAGUUAAUAAGAAUGAAGAAUCUGAGAUGACAACUGAAAAAAGCAAAAGCAGGCGGUCUAGUGAAGAUUAGAAUCCUGAUAGAAGGAGAGCUCUUGAGAAUUUAAGAAGAUUAAAAAGAUCAAGUAUUGAUCGUCUACUUAAGAGUAAGUAAGCGUUUUUAAUGAAAGUUGAAAAUACUGAAAUACCAACAAUGAUGAAUGAAACGAGAACCGAUCUUUUAGGGAGAAAUAAAUAAAAUCAGAGCACAUAAAGUGUGGAUUACAAGAAAAUAGAAAACGACUUCUUUGAAAAUCUUGAAUUAGAGGCCAUGAUAGAUCACUAUGACCAUGUUUAAUUGCAUAUGCAUUUAUUCAACGGUAAAGAUGAUAUUGUCUUGUCCAAACUUGACUCGAUAUUUGAUUAAGCUAUUUAUGAUGACUAAAUGGUUGGUACUUGCGAUUAUACAACUUAUGAAUUGCAUUCAGUUUCUGGUGCUCUAGGCGCUUUUCCUUUAACUUUGCUAGGCUCAUUUUUAGCUGGGGAAAUGCCAGAAGCGUAUCAUGAUUUACUAAAUGGUAAAAUAGUCGGCCCUAUGGGGGAAAGUUAUGGACCAGUUGCUGUUGUUUCUGUAUUUUCUAUAUUAUUCGCACUGAGACCAUAUUUCCUUCAUAAAAUUAAGAAAUUGAAAGUUCAAUAGAACUUCUCAAAUCUACAUUAAAUCUUGGUACAAAUAUUGAUGAAUUAAACAAAAUAGAAACACAAGAUAAUGCUUGACGCUGCAAUAAUGAGAGAUUAUAGAUGCCUAUACCUAACUGCUAAUCCAAUAGUUAUGUCAAGAAGGCUAUUUGAUCCAGAAUAUGAUUAUAGAAUUGCUGAUUGGGUGAUUAGUGAAGAUCCUCACUUAAGUAAUAAAGCGUUAUAGUAAGCAAGUGAACUUAAAUAAGAAAUACUCAUUAAAAGAGAGCAGACAAAAGAGAGAAAGAGACGAGAAAAGAUAGACAAAAUAUAUCAGCAAAAGAUAGAUGAGUAAAAAAGAAUCUAGGUUGAACUUGCAAAGAAGUAUCUAGUGCCAUUACCGACUGCUUAACCCUUCGAUCCUAGAAUUCACUUCAAUACGUCAAUAGAUAUGCUGCAAGAUAAAAAUCUUAUGAGAAGAAAAACACUUAAUAUGAGGAAGGAUAUUUUGUUCAAAGAAUCAGAUUUACCUGAUAACUUUAGAGAGCAAAUUUAAGAGAGAAAAACAAUGGUACCUUAAUCAUUUCUGCAUUCAAUGUAUAAGCUAAUCGAUGAAAAAUCAAUUCAAAUUCAGCAUAAUGAAGAUCUUGAGAAGACUAUGUUUAAAAAUAUAUUUGAAUAAGCUGACUGGCUAAAUAUGAAAAAAGCAGGAGUAUUAAUGGGUAUAGAGGACUAUGUUAAACUUGACAUAGAAAAUAAUUAGGUCAAAGUUAAGCAAAAGACUAAGUCCAGGAGAAAAAAGGAGUUUUAGUUAAAGCGCAUGGAUCACAGUGAGAGCAGUAAUAGCGAUGAGGAAGAUUAAAAAUAAGUAAAGAACCCAAAUAAGAUGGAUUUAUUUCAGCCAGUAACAGAAUUUAAUCAAUUUAAUUAUAUGUGA